GCAGAUAUCAUCUGUUUCUUAACACGUUUUGCAUAAUGCAAUUUUCAAAAAUUUCAAUUUUAGUUCUGCUCUAUAUUUCGAGCAUGGGAAGCUCCGUCCCAUCUAAACUGCAUUGUCCGUUGACCUGGGUACCUUACACGACAGGGGAUCGGCUCCCAGAUGCAGCAUUCCUAUCCCCCGAUGGAACCCAAGGGUUCGGGAGGGGUUUUGUAACAUCGUCUUCAAUUUACGGGAUUUUCAGCCAAAAAACCUUACUGCUGCAUAUUAAACUUCUACUUGGAAGUGGAACACUUCGGGAAUUCGAGAUUCUCACAAACCCUCUACAUUGCACUUUAGAUUGGCAAGACAAUUAUGAGAGUUCGGAUAGAAAUUUGCGUGUAACUGAUAGUCAGGGCACAAGUUUGGGGCGAAGUAGUGGCUCUCAAUUUGCAAUUCUUGGUACUUUUGGUGACUAUUAUUUUGACAACAACGAACUAGAAUUAGUGCCUGGUUAUGAUUUUAACUACCUCAUUUCGUACACCGGCCUCUCGUUGACCUUAAAGAAUUUCGUUUAUGCUAAAUCCCCCGCCACUGGUCGACCCAGUACGGUAGGGCUGGAUGAAAUCUUUAACAAUGCGGAUACUACCGUGACCCAAACUAUAACCCAUGCAAAAUCCAUUUCAAACACAAUAUUAAUUAGCGUGUACACGACAAAUACUUGGGAAUUGGCAUGGAACGUUAAUGCCAAUGUGGGUAUUCCUGGCUUACUUGGGACAAGUGCAAAACAUACAGAAACAUAUUCUGAAAGCACAACGUACCGGGAAACACUUGAAAUAACACGAACGCAGACAAUUUCGUCUUCAAGGACGAUUACCGUUUAUCCACAUACUUCUGUCCGAAUCUGUUCAAUCGUUGGGAUUGCAGAAAAUUUCCAGUCGGAUUAUAUUGCUCUAGCAGAAUACCGAGUAACUAAUUGGAAUGGUGUGGAAGUUAGAGACUACCUGAUUUCGGAAGAUGCAGACUUUUACGAUCUGGAAGUGUUUGGAGACGCCGCGUAUCGCCACAUCCGGGGAAGUUUUACAGGAUCCAUUUCUCUAAAUACAAAAGUGAUUGCUGUUCCACCGAAUUCACACUAUGGUUGUGAAAGAGUUGUAUUGUAAAUUUAGACGAAAAAUUGAAUUAAGGUAAAAA